AUGACCACCGGUGAAAGUCACCAGUUCAUUGAGCCCGAUUUUGACGAUGAGGGGUUCGCCGAGUCCACUCACACGAGCUAUGCCACUUCGAUAGCUUCUGCGAUUCGCCGAGGAAUAGAGGAAAAUGGCCGGACAUAUCCUGCUUUUGGCAAACAUCAAUACGGCCUUCCCAUUGACGAGGAAGAGCAAGACCGGAACGACUUGCAGCAUUGCAAGUUUGGACUGCUUCUCAAUGAUCAUUUGUUUCUGGCCCCGAUCACGUCACAACCUCAAGAAAUCUUGGAUCUCGGAACCGGAUCUGGUAUUUGGGCAAUUGAUGUGGCGGACAAGUACCCCACGGCAAAUGUCCUGGGAGUCGACCUUGCGGCCAUUCAACCGACUUGGGUUCCUCCCAAUUGUCGCUUUGAAGUCGACGAUAUCGAGAGCGACUGGCUCUAUCACCGAAACCACUUCGACUUUAUCCAUGCCAGGGAAUUGAUCAUGGCAGUUCGCGACUGGGACAAGUUGAUUCAACAAGCCUUCGACCAUCUUAAACCUGGUGCUUACCUGGAACUCAGUCAAUCGGUACCCGACGCGCAUAGUGAUGAUAAUACUCUGCCUCUCGACAGUGCGUAUCGGCAGAUCACCGAAAUCUUUUUUGAAAUCGGCGAGAAAAUUGGCGCGUCAGGACAUGCCCCCAAAUCUUUCAAGGAGAAGAUGGAGCAAGUUGGAUUCGAGAAUGUUGUGGAAAGUCGCUUCAAGAUCCCCAACAGUCCCUGGCCCAAGGAUAGGAGACUAAAACAUAUUGGCCUGUUCGAAGCCGCGCACCUUGAUCGCGGCACUGAGGGGAUCCUCAUCCGAGGCAUGACUGGUGCUCUAGGUAAAUCAAGGGAAGAAGCACAGAUUGAGAUGUUUUUCCUGGCCAACAAGGGAUACCUUCUGAUUGCACACGAUCGCCGUGGCUUCGGCAUGUCUAGUCAGCCGUGGAACGGGAACGAUAUGGGUAACUCUGCCAACGACCCGAACCAGUUAUUUGAGAUGUCGAUCCUAAGAACGCUGCACUCGUUGGUCACUCUGCAGGUGGUGGAGAGACUGCGAGAAUUUUAG